CCGAAUGCAAACCAGAUAAAUCAUCAAACUAAACAUAGACUAUGGGGUUAUCAUCUCUAUGUUUAGCAUUUGCGUCCAUUUUUAUCCUUUCAAAACUUGUGUUGAUCUAUCUUGCGGCAGCCGAUUCUUUGCAGUCAUAUAUUCCUACUUGCCAUGAUGCCGAGAACGCUGCCUUGCUACAAUUCAAGCAAAGCUUUGUCAUUAACAUUUCUGCUUCACAGUAUCAUGGUGCUUAUCCAAAAACUUCUUCAUGGAAAUCAGCAGGGAAUCAAAACAACAGUUGUUGCUCAUGGGAUGGAGUCGAGUGUGAUGAGAAUACAGGUCAUGUGAUUGGUCUUGAUCUUAGUAGCAGUCGUCUCUAUGGCUCUUUCAGCUCCAACAACACCUUAUUCAGUCUUGUUCAUCUUCAGAGUCUGAACCUUGCUGAUAAUAACUUCAUUUACUCUCAAAUUCCUAUCAGCAUUAGGAACUUUCCAAAGCUCAGGUAUCUCAAUCUCUCUCGCGCUUACUUUUCUGGUCGAGUCCCAUCUCAAGUUUCACAAUUGACCAAGUUGUCAUACCUUGAUCUAUCUAGCACUGAUGGUGAUAUGUCUGGAAAUGGUGGGAUGUUUGAAAAUGGUGGGAUGUUCUCCAACAAUGAAUUGUUGGGAAACCUAGCUCAAAACUUAACCGGCUUAGAAAAACUUCAUCUUUCUUGGAUUAGAAUAUCAUCCACAGUACCCAACACCUUGGCAAAUUUGUCAAAUUUGGCCUCCCUCCUCCUUAAUGGUUGUGACCUGUUUGGCAAAUUCCCAACAGGAAUUUUUAAAUUACAAAAUUUGAAAGUUCUUAUUGCAAGCUCCAACUCUCUCGCGGGUCAAUUAGACUUUCCAAAUAACAAAUUUAUAGGCCAAAUUCCUGCUUCAUUUGCAAAUCUUACCAAACUCACAUAUUUGUCACUUUCAGAUAAUAAUAUUAGUGGCACAAUCCCAUGUUCUUUUGGAAAUCUUACCCAGCUCACAACACUCCAUCUUCGUUCAAAUCACUUGUCUGGUCCAAUCCCAUCUAGUCUGGGUAAUCUUGGCAAACUUACUGAUCUAGAUCUUAGUUUCAAUAAAUUUCGGAGAGAAAUUCCUGAGUCAUUAUCCAGUGUAGCAAGUCUCAAGAGACUUAAUCUAGCUGGUAAUAAUCUGAGCGGUACAGUGGAGUUCCUCAAAUUUCUUAAACUACCAAAUCUAAAAUUGGUAGAUCUAUCCGAUAACAACUUGGAUUUGAUCACUGAAACCAGAACUAUGAAUGCAUCCAGCAUUUCAAGGUUAGAGUAUUUACGAUUGGGUUCAUGCAACAUAAGAGAGUUCCCAAAUUUCCUGAGAUAUCAAGAUACAUUAAUCUACUUAAACCUUUCUUGGAACGGAAUCCAUGGCCCAGUACCGAAAUGGAUGUGGAACAUAAGCAGAGAGUCUUUGGAGUACAUGGACAUUUCUCAUAACCUCCUUUCAGGCUUCGACCAACCUCCGGCUGUCCUUCCCUGGGUUUUAUUGCUGGGGCUAGAUCUUUCGUUCAACAACCUUAAUGGGCCAUUGUUGGUAGCUUCACAACACACAUUAUUCUAUGACAUUUCAAACAACAAUCUAACUGGAGAAAUUUCGCCAUUGAUUUGCAAUAUGAAUUUUCUUCGUUCCCUUGAUUUGUCAAAUAAUAGGUUGAGUGGCAUGCUUCCGCAUUGUUUCAACAACUUCACUUAUCUUGAAGGUUUAAGCGUUGGAAACAACCUUUUUCAUGGAACUCUUCCUCAAGUAUGCACCACCAACCGAAGCAGUUUGAAAAUGAUGGAUGCUAGUCGUAACCAAUUACUGGGGAAACUACCGAGGUCAUUGGCGAAUUGUUUGACACUCGAGUCUCUUGUUCUAUCAAGCAACAAGUUCGAUGAUGUUUUCCCCACUUGGUUGGGAAUUCUACCAGAGCUAAAAGUUUUGGCAAUGAAGAAUAGUGGGUUCCACGGUGCUAUUCGGAGACCUCCGAGCAAUCAUGGUUUCCCCGAUUUGCGCAUCCUUGAUCUGUCUCAGAAUAAUUUUACCGUCACGUUGAUAAAUAAAGGUUUAGAGAGAUACUUCCCAAAGAUUUAUGAAGACUUUAUGGCCAUUGAUCUAUCGAGCAACAGAUUUGAAGGCAGGAUUCCAGAACUUAUUGGGAACCUAAAGGGACUACGCUCGCUUAAUGUUUCCAAUAACAUGCUAACUGGUCGCAUCCCACCAUCCUUGGGAAACUUAAAAAAUCUUGAAGCUUUGGACCUUUCACAGAACAAGUUGUCAGGUGAGAUCCCUCAAGUACUGUUGCAGCUUUCAUUCCUCGAACAAUUCAAUGUCUCGCACAACAAUCUCACAGGUCGUAUACUCCAUGGAAACCAGUUUAGUACCUUUGAAAACACUUCAUAUGAGGGAAACCCUGGUCUGUGUGGAGAUCCAUUGCCAAAGAAAUGUGCACGUCCUGAAGGGAAUAAACUUCCACCUUCAACAGCCGAAGAAAAUGGCUCGAGCACUGGAGUUGAAUUAGAGUGGAAAUUUGCUGCGGCGGGGUUAGUCAGUGGCUUGGUGGUGGGAGUGGUUCUUGCAGAUUUUGUGAUCACCAGGUGGAGUGACCGGUUCAUUGAGAUAGUUGCGUUACUGAUCAGACUAUUGAGAAGGAUGAGAGGGCCCAGAAGUUGAGUGAUCGAUCAGACUAUAUGUUGCUCUUUGUUGUUCGUUAUUUACGUGUAUUAGACUUGUGCAUUCCUGGUGUAUUUUGUUUUACAUUCAAUAAAAUUUUAGGGUAAGACGUUGAUCUAGUCCUAUUCCCGUUCCAAAGAAGAAAAAAAAAAAUUACUUUAUGCAUGCUACGGGAGGAGUUGUAAUAUUAAGCACGUAUGAAUAACUUUGGAAGUUUUCUUGGAGGCUUGCCAUUCAUCUUUUUAACUUUAUUUAUAGUAUCCAACAUCAUAAUAUCAAACGCUAUCAAUUUUCCCAAAUGUUCAAAUAAUAAGC